AUGACGGCGGAUCUUAGUGCCAUCCGAAAGACCCUCGAAGCCCACGGCAUCAAAUGCGUCCCCGUCGACGUCCCUUUUGCUUUCCACACCGCGCAGAUGGACGCAGUGCAGGAACGUCUGACGCAGGCCGUGGCCUCCGUGCCCUUCAAGACACCUAGUAUCCCGGUCUUGUCCCCUCUCCUGGGCAGCGUGGUCUUUGAUGGAAAAACAAUUAAUGCCGACUACAUGGUGCGGGCCACGCGCGAGCCUGUUCAUUUUGCGGCCGCGGUUGAGGCAGCGCAGGAGCUCACCAUCGUGAACGAGCAGACCCUGUGGAUCGAUGUCGGACCGCAUCCCAUCUGCGCCGGGUUCUUGCGCAGUCUGCUGGUGGGCGCGCGCGUCGUUGCGUCCUGCCGGCGCAACGAGGAUAACUUCGCCACGAUGGCCAAGAGCCUGUCUACGCUGCACCUGGCCGGGCUGACCCCCUCAUGGUCCGAGUAUUUCCGUCCGGAUGAGCAGACGUACUCGCUGCUCCCCUUGCCCAAGUACCGCUGGAACGAGGUCAACUACUGUAUUCCGUAUCUGGGGACGUGGACACUGGACAAGGCGCAUCUGAAGUAUGGCCAGCAGCGCAUUGGGUCCGAUGCACACCCUGUGCCGUCGUCUACCUUGCGGACCUCCCUGAUCCACCAAGUGAUAGAGGAAACCGUGAACAAGACGACGGCGACGCUCAAAGCGGUCUCAGAUAUCCAGCAUCCCGAUUUCCUGGAAGCCAUCAAUGGACACCGAAUGAAUAACUGUGGCGUAGCAACAUCGUCAAUUUGGACCGACAUGGCAUUGACCGUCGGCGAGUAUCUGUAUCGUCGUCUGGUCCCGGGAACCGAAACCGUCCACAUGAACCUCUAUGAUGUCGAAGUUCUGCACGCGCAGGUGGCUAGUCCUAACAAGAAUAGCGCCCAGCCACUGGCUCUCGAGGCCCAUCUCGACCUCCCCACGCGACACAUGUCCCUCGUCUGGUUCAAUGUCGACGGGACGACGGGACAGCGAUCGUCCGAGGCCUUCGCGACCGGCGCCAUCCAGUUCCCAGAAAGCCCCGAGCUUUGGCUUACGGAAUGGAAUCGCAUGACGCACCUCGUGCGUGGCCGAAUCGAGGCCCUCGAGCGCAUGGCGGUCGAGAACCAGGCCAGCCAACUGUCCAAAUCGCUGGCUUACGCACUGUUCAAGAACGUAGUCGAUUAUGCCGACCGCUACCGCGGUAUGGACCGCGUAGUCAUCCACGACCAUGAGGCCUUUGCUGAUGGAUCGGCGGCUGCCAAAGAGGCCGUGUCGACGGCUGUUGCAGCAUCAGUGCCCGCAACCACGAGCCCCACUGCUCCAUCAGCGAUGAAGUCAACUGGUUACUCGGUUGUAUUGUUGUAUUCCUAG